ACCAAGUUUGAUUUCGGUAAUUUGUUCGGUCAAUCGGUUGGUGUCCGUAGCAUCUUUGAAUGACAAGGAAUACGAUACGACCCAACGAACACGCACGACUGUCGUCCGUCUUGGUUCGCACGCACAGACGGAGGUGGCUUUAGAAAUCCGAUUGUGAUUGUGUUGAGUCGUGGACCGCGAUCCGAUUGAAUUCCAGAGCUUCCCCCGCAACAUAAACCAAAAAAAAACCAAAUCAGAUUCCGUUAUUUGCGAGAUCGAAGCUUCUUUUUUCUGAACCUUUUUUUUGAUUGACUCUCUAAAAACGAUGGUGAGAUGUUCUUGCGAUUACCGAUACCUUCUCCUCGUUGCGGCGGUUGCAUUCAUCUACAUCCAGAUGCGCCUUUUUGCUACACAGUCAGAAUAUGCUGAUCGGCUUGCUGCUGCGAUGGAAUCAGAAAGCCAUUGUACGAGUCAAAUGCGGUUACUAAUUGAUCAGAUAAGCAUGCAACAAGGGCAAAUUGUGGCCUUAGAAGAAAAAAGGAAUCGCCAAGACCAGGAGUGCAGACAAUUGAGGUCUCUUAUUCAAGAUCUUGAAAGGAAAGGCCUUGAGAAAAUAAUUGACAAAGUACAGGUGCCAAUGGCAGCAGUCGUGAUUAUGGCUUGCAAUCGUGCUGAUUAUCUUGGAAGGACUGUUGAAUCUAUACUAAAGUACCAAAGUUCUGUUGCUUCAAAGUAUCCCCUUUUUGUAUCCCAGGAUGGAGAAGAUCCUCAUGUCAGAAGUAAGGCUUUGAGUUACAAUCAGCUAACUUACAUGCAGCACUUGGAUUAUGAACCAGUGCAUACUGAGAGGCCUGGGGAAUUGAUUGCAUACUACAAGAUUGCACGUCAUUACAAAUGGGCAAUGGAUCAAUUGUUUUACAAACAUAAUUUUAGUCGAGUUAUCAUACUUGAAGAUGAUAUGGAAAUUGCCCCUGAUUUCUUUGACUAUUUUGAGGCUGCAGCCACACUCCUUGAUAGUGAUAAGUCCAUCAUGGCGGUUUCUUCAUGGAAUGACAAUGGACAAAAGCAGUUUGUGCAUGAUCCUUAUGUGCUUUACCGUUCAGAUUUUUUCCCCGGACUUGGGUGGAUGCUGUCUAAAUCUAUAUGGGAUGAACUCUCUCCAAAGUGGCCAAAAGCUUACUGGGAUGAUUGGUUGAGGUUGAAAGAGAAUCACAAAGGUCGACAGUUUAUUCGUCCUGAAGUGUGCAGAACAUAUAAUUUUGGUGAGCAUGGUUCUAGUUUGGGCCAGUUUUUCAAACAAUAUCUUGAGCCAAUUAAGCUGAACGAUGUCCAGGUUGAUUGGAAGUCGAUGGAUCUGAGCUACAUGAUGGAGGAUAAUUAUGUUAAGCACUUUGCUGACAUGGUUAAAAAGGCAAAACCUGUCUAUGGAGCUGAUGCUGUUCUGAAGGCAUAUAAUAUUGAUGGUGAUGUGUGUGUCCAUUACAAAGACCAGGCAGAUUUUGAACGCAUUGCACACCAAUUUGGCAUUUUUGAGGAAUGGAAGGACGGUGUGCCAAGAACAGCAUACAAAGGAGUAGUAGUUUUUCGAUACCAAACCCCAAGACGUGUAUUCCUUGUUGGCCCAAAAUCUUUCCAACUGCUUGGAAUUGAACAUGCUCAGUAACAAUUGAGAUUUUGUUAAGAGAAAAUAAUCCAAGAGUUAGGCUUCUGCAAAAGAAUUGUGUUGGAGACACGGAAAGUUACACUUCUAAUCAAACAGAGACAGAGAGCCACAACCAUGCUUGUUAUUGCUUGAUUUUCUUGACAAGCAUGGAUUUUGCUUUAACACAUGUAAGACCUUCAAAUUAUUUGUAAAAAAUGCCACAUCUUUAUGGUACUCAAAGUUGUUAUUUUCCUGAGACAAGUAAAUACACAACACAAUUGAAUACAGAAGAAAAUGAUAGUUUUGUGGGUUUUUGAAUGUUUUUUUAAAGUUAUUUUUAUGUUGAGUUCAA